CGAUGUCGGCCUGCUCUUGGGCCGAAGCCUCGGGCUCGCCUAGCGGGGCUGCCGGGAGAGGCGCGCCUCGAGGCGGCCAGCGCAGUAGGCCGCAGGCGCCCUCCCGCCGCGGGCUCGUCGAGGAGAGCGACUGGGCGUGCCCCAUCUGUUUGGACACGAUAGAAGAGCCGUACAUGACCAAGUGUGGCCACAGCUUCUGUUGCAAAUGCAUCCGUCGGAGUCUGGAGGAGAACAAUAGCUGCCCAAAGUGCAGUUCCGCCAUUAAGAAUUCAAAGCAGAUAUAUCCAAACUUCCUCUUGAACGAGCUGGUCCUGAAGCAGCGUCAGCGGCUAGAGAAUCGAAUCGAGAUGGAACAACCGAGCGUCCAUCACCGGCAGACUAUCCAGGAGUUGCUGGCGCUGGACCGAGAUGGCUUGGAGCUGGCCGACGUGAACCGCAUUCUGGAGCUGCUCACUCAGAAGAAGAUGCAGCUGGAAGCGACUCCACCUUUGCUCGCACCGGUGACAGUGGCCAAGUCGCCUUCCAAGGGCGGCAUCCGCAAGCCCCUUGCCACGGGGGAGGUCGUGAAGAAAAAGCGAAAAGUUUUGCAUCUGUCGGACUCCGAGGGCUCGGACAGCAUGGAUUUCAUGGUCGACGAAGAGCUGCUAGCAAGUGUGUCGGGCGUGAUGACUGAAAAGGCCAGGGCAGCAGGCAAGAUGAGAUCUGCCAUCGUUGUCACGCAUGUCAAGACGGCGAUUGAGAUCUCAAGAAAAACCACGUUGACAGCAAAGAUCAAACAAGGGAAGAUGGUCUCUGCAUCACCUUCCAUCAAGCUUCCUGCAAAACGGCGACACUCACCCUUUGACUGGUUUGAGGGUCCAGAUGUCGACACCACUUCUGAAUCUGAGGAUUAAAAGAGAAUCGGAGUUUGUUUUGAGGGACGUUGUUUUACGUUCCAUUGUUCUUGGCGAAAUGGUAGCCAGGGUGGAGACUUUUAGCCACCGCAGUUCAAAUGUUUUGGGUGUUCAGUUUUAAGUCGCUGCUUUUCAUCAAUUUUCAGAGAGGAGGUGGGGGGGUGGACACUUUCGCCGUUAACACUGGUCAACAACAACAACACAACAUGUUUUUCUGGCCUGGACUUUUGCAGCUGUUCUAGACUAAUUUCAGGGUGCUGAUUCCAAAUCUGAUCUCAAAUUUGCUCAAUCACAUCUCAUUUUUAAAUCCUUUAUAUUAAGUUCGCUUGCUUGCUUAGGACCGUGCAAUUCUUUCGGUCGUUUUUUAACCCACUUCCCGUGAUCCAAUCGAGCUGACAUUUUGCACACAGACUCGUGCGUGACAAUGCAUCUUCGUGAAAAAAUUUUUCCAAAAUUUUACACUGUUUAGGGAAAAAUUUAAAUAUUUAAUUACCAAUUAUUUAAUGGUGGCAGACAAUCAUCUGACCCAUAGGUGGCAGCCAUCUCAAGCCAGAGGACGAGAGGACUCUAGCCACCCCGAUGCCACGCAUAUAAAGGAUUUAUAGUGAAAAACUUUGUUUUUACGGGUUAAUUUUUUAUGCUAUCGGCAUACCCCAUUUUCAUUGAUUUUACCCGAAAUUAACUCUGUCACUUAUGAUUGCAAGUUGUUGCGAGUCAGUGACUGCUUUAGUGUUAAAUAUGGUGCUGUAUUUUUAGGAUAGUGUGUUUAUAAUAUCAUUUUAUGUAGAUAUCCACAUUUAUUUAAUAUUUUUCUUCUGCAGUUUUUAUUGAAAAUGCAAUCUUUGAUAUCUCAAAAACCUCAUGGGAUAGACAAAAACUGAUGCCAGAUUUGGAAUCAGCACCCCAAAAUUACCUUAAAACCGUUGGAAUACCUCAUGCCAGACAAAGUGUGUUGACCAGUGUAAUCUUUGAGGAGGGCGGCCACACAUUUGAAAUUACAGUUGGGGUUGACAGCAGCAUGAUGAUGAUUGGGGGGAGGGGUGUUUUCACAUUUGUGUAUUGUCAGGGGGGAGCGCAUGUCAGAGGACCGCGCUAAAGGCCCAUCGGGGGCCGCCAGUGGCCUGCGGGCCUUGCAAUGAAGAAUGAACUGUGCUGAGGUGAAGGUUUGAAGGCUGUGACAUUCAAGUGGUGAACAAACCCAACCUGGGUCAUUCCGAGUAGGAAACACGUGGUUCACGUGAGUGGCCAUGAUAUGGCCAUGAACUUCUAGGUGUGAAGUUUUCGUGACUGCAAGGAUCCAUACUCUAUGGUUCUUUCGGUAAAGUCGCGUGGGUGAAAAUAAGAAUAACUAAAUCACGACGUUUUGAUUGCAACACAAGCAAUCAUCAUCAUCACCUGAAGCAAUCAUCAUACCUGAUGAUUGCUUGUGUUGCAAUUGAAACGUGAGAAUUUCACUGCUUUAUUUUUAUUUUAUUAUUUCCCUUCUACGUGACUUUCCCGAAAGAACCAAGAAUAAGAUUAGGAGCAGUAUAACACAACUGGCAGGCGUGGACUUUCGUGGUAACAUGCAUUUUGAUUGUGAAGUGAAUGUUCAUUGUUUCUGUUCGUUGCGUGUACGCUCAAAAUUAAAGCGCUUA